AUGGUUGCAAGUCACGCUGAAAAUGCACCUUCGCUGCCGUACCAUGAGCCAGACAUCAUCACAAUCCUUGUUAAUACAUCCUUCCUGCUCCUGCUGAACAUUGUCAACUCAGCGCUCGACAAAGUGCUGUAUUGCGGACUGCUGGGUCAAGUUCUAGUUGGGAUUGUGUGGGGGACUCCAGCUGCGAAAUUGCUGUCGACGAAUGCGCAAGAGGUAAUUGUCCAGUUUGGCUAUCUCGGCUUGAUAUUGCUCGUUUAUGAAGGCGGCUUGCAGACUUCGUUUCAAUCCUUAAAGGCCAAUCUACUCCUCUCCUCUGGUGUCGCCUUGACAGGAAUCGCAGUCCCCGUAGGCCUUUCAUAUACCCUCCAAGGACUACUUGGUGCGACGCCGGUGCAGGCCUUUGCCGCGGGUGCAGCACUAUGCUCAACAAGCCUCGGUACUACGUUUACAGUCCUGGGAUCAAGCGGUCUGUCCACGUCCCGACUGGGCGUUGUAUUGACAAGCGCAGCUAUGAUGGACGACGUUGUUGGUCUAGUCAUGGUCCAAGUAAUAUCCAAUCUAGGCGGCGAUAGUUUCAGUUGGGUUGUCGUCGUGCGCCCGAUUCUCGUCUCUGUUGCAUUCGCUUUGGUAGUACCUGUAGCCUGCCUUGUCGCUUUGAAGCCAGCUACAUUAUACGUUAACCGCUACCGCGAAGCUCACAUGGACAAGAGUCUAGAUAGGCUUCUGAGAAAGCCCCAGACAGCCUUCGUUUUGCACACUUUACUGCUAAUCGGACUGGUUGCCGGUGCAACGUAUGCAGGCACUUCGAAUUUGUUCGCUGCGUAUAUUGCAGGGGCUAUGAUUAGCUGGUGGGACUCAGAUGUACCCCAUUCGCUUGUCAAUAGAACUCAGGAUCAGACUCCGGUUGUCCUUGAAAGCAGCGCAGUUUCCACUGGCUACUCUAAGGAAUUGUCAAAUGACCGGCAUGGUUCCAGCAGUAUCGAGAGCUCUACACAGGCUACCUUCAACACCCCAACCAAAGAAGGAACCAAUAACCCUACAGCAACACAACCUGUCUCAGCGUCAAGCACUUCCACCGACCAUCACGACACAUCUGGACCGGCCAUUUUCCACCAAUACUACCACCCAUCAGUCUCCAGAAUCCUACAGCCGCUCUUCUUCGCCUCCAUCGGCUUCUCCAUCCCAAUCACACGCAUGUUCCGCGCAGCCAUCAUCUGGCGCGGCAUAGUCUACACGCUUCUGAUGGCGAUUGGCAAAUUCGUUUGCGGCCUCUGGCUCGUCAGAUUCUCUGGCACUGCGCCGGGAAAACGGAAAAUGAGCCGGUUCCUCGCCAGACUCAAAUUCCCGUCCGUGCCUCAUUUCUGGACUGGUGGUGGCGGACACGCGCCAAGGACGACGCAGGCUAGCUCUGAUACUCCGAGGGAAACAUCGUCGAAUACGUCAAACGAUCAAAUGCGUAGUUCGCCGAACCCGCCAAAGCCGUUUUCUCUUCAUCCACCGCUUAUCCUGGCACUUGCCAUGUGUGCAAGAGGGGAAAUCGGUUUCCUUAUAUCUGGCGUGGCUGAGUCCAAGGGGAUCUUCUCCUCGCCACAGGAUGCUUCAACCGAGACAUCAGAUAUCUUUCUUGUCGUGACUUGGGCAAUCGUCUUGUGUACCAUCAUAGGACCUCUGGGCGUUGGUCUAUCUGUCCGGCGGGUGAAGAAGCUCCAAGAAAGGAAGAACAAGGAGCAGCAAGGCAGCGGGAGGGAUGUACUCGGUGUGUGGGGUGUAGAGUAA